CGAGGUGCGCAGUUAAAAUCAGGUGUUGGCAGCGACAAGUUAUUUAAGAAUACAAAAUAUGAAGUCUCUAUCUUUGGUGGCCAUUAUUUUGGCCCUGGCCGCAUGUCAGGGGGCGGAGGUUGCUGAAAAAUUGGGAGCUCAAUCGCGCUCUAUUGCCAGCAUUAUUGUGGAUACCCUGGAGCUGGUGAAGGUGCAAAUGGUCCAGGGCUGGCCACAGUACGGCAUUCCCCCCCUCGCUCCCCUACAACUUAAGCACAAGGAGUUCGAUUUGAAUGCCGGCGAGCUGCACGCCAAAGGCGCUUUCGAUGAUCUGACUGUGCACGGCCUGAACGAGUUCGAAAUUAAAAUAAUUGACCUGAAUCUGUUGUUGAGCCGCCUUAAGUUCGAGUUCCACUUCGCCAGCUUAAAUGUGUCGACCCAGUAUCAGGCGGAUGUCGGUGCCAAUUAUCGCAUGACACGCAAUGGUGGCGCCUUUAUGGCUCUCGAGGAUUUGAACAUAUCCGGCCACAUCAAGUACAGCACGGGCAUCGUCGGCAGCAACAACUAUUUGCGCAUCAAGGAGAUCAUUGUGAACGUUGUGACCGGCAAUGUUGUGUCCAACAUUGAGAAUCUAUCCAAAUAUCGUAUACUCAAUCAGAAAAUCAACGAAAUAAUCGAGGAGUUCAUAAGUCUAACGGUCAACGAUAAUACGGAAUUUUUCGCCGAUUGGCUGGAUAGCACGGUGACGCCCAUUUGCAACGAUAUGAUUGGCGACCGCACAAUCAAGGAUAUUAUUGGCAUUAUUACGGGUUCUUAAAUUCCACAAUCAAUAAAAUUACAUUUUAGAGAGAAA